UACACUGAGAAACACACUCCCACUUACAAUUGUGCAAUGGCAUUUUCUCUCAAGAGUGAAUUCAUCGUUGCCCUUGCUCUAAUUCUUAACGCUUGGGCAUGGCAUGCCACUUCAGUACGCACAUUGCAUGAAUCCAACAUUGCCGAGCAGCACGAGCAAUGGAUGGCCAAAUAUGGUCGGACAUACAAGGACCAAGAGGAGAAGGAGAAACGCCGGGCGAUUUUCAAGAAACACUUGCAGUUCAUUGAGGAUUUCAAUGCAUCCGGGAAUCGGACUUUCAAGUUAGGCAUCAACCAAUUCUCGGACUUGACUGAUGACGAAUUCAUUCAGAGCCACACGGGAUACUUGGCGUCCAAGCAAGUGAAGUCCCGCAGAAAUGCGUCAUUGAGCCAACAAUAUCCGAGUGGGGAUGUUCCUGAGAGCAUCGAUUGGGUGGAGAAAGGCGCCGCAAAUCCAAUCAAGGACCAAGGCCAAUGUGGAUCCUGUUGGGCAUUCUCAGCAGUCGCAGCAGUAGAAGGAAUCACGCAGAUCAAAAGCGGUAAACUGCCGGUACUGUCCGAACAACAACUAAUCGAUUGCGAUACCAAAAACAAUGGCUGCGAGGGCGGUCUUCCUGACGAUGCUUUCCAGUACAUCAUCCAAAACCAAGGAAUCACCUCUGAGGAUACAUACACGUACCAAGAGAUGGACGGGACUUGUGACUCAACGAAAGCGGCCCAACAGGUGGCGGAGAUCACGGAUUUUGCAGACGUGCAGCCUGGUGAGGACGAGCUCCUGAAGGCAGUUGCACAGCAGCCGGUCUCGGUCGGAAUCGCCGGAGGUGGGCAGGAGUUCCGACACUACAUCGGCGGAGUGUUCAAUGGGGAUUGUGGCGAGCAGCUGGACCAUGCAGUCGUUGUGGUCGGGUAUGGGACGAGUGAGGAAGGAAAGUUCUGGAAGAUCCGAAACUCCUGGGGCGAGAGUUGGGGUGAAGAUGGUUACAUGAGGAUUCAAAGAGGUGGUGAAAGUUCUUACGGAUUAUGCGGGCUCGCAUCGCAAGCUUCUUAUCCUAUUGCAUGAGAAUAAUUAAAAGAUAGAUACACAAAGUACGACCAUCGUGAGCCUACGAGUUGCUCCUUUUCUCCUAAUUAUAUAUUCGUCUGUCUGUCUUCAUUUUUUAGCUAUAUAGUGUGGUACUUGUAAGGAGGCAAUUAUGUAGCCACUAAGUUAUGUGGAGGAUCACAUAUUAAUUCCCCGUUUUGGAAAGAUCUUGAUGCCAUCAGUACAAUUACCCAAUAUUAAAUUAUUAACGUCA